AUGUCAUCUUCGUCGGGUUCCUCUUCCUGCACAUCUGAAAGUGAUCUAGAAAGUUUUACAGUUGACGAAGUGAUUGGGGAAUUGUCUGAAUUUGCGCCGUACGACGACAGUUGCGAACCCCUUUCUACCGAGGAAGAAGCCGUGGACUACAACGAAAGAGUUCAUCGCGAAGAAGAAGAGGAACAACAGUUUCAACGAAGAUAUUCGGGAGAGGUGCCAGCGAAUGAAUGGUAUGGUAUUAUCAUGGAAUGUAGAUUUAUAUUUUUAUUUUCCAAUUUCAACAUACCCGUCGUUAAAUCGUGCGCGUGACGAACGCGACUGUGUGUUUUGUUUAAGUUUACAAUUUCGUUGCUAUGUGAUUAGCUGUAGUCCUGAUUUUAUGCGAUAGUUUUAUUGAAGAGGUCAGACAAUUAAUAAUUUUAUACAGACGUAUUUUUCUUGUGUUUGACGAAUUUUUCACAUUAUUUUGCGGGUGUUCGUGUUCGAACUGCUCUGUCAGCCUUGUUACAAAAGUGCAGGAGUGCAUUUGCUGCAAAGAGAUCGAUCGCUGCGAAGAGGUCAUGGAAGAAGCCAUUGGAGACCGGACCGUAUGCAUAACCCUCCAUCCAGGGUUUGAAAGCGUCUGCUUAAACCGCCACGUAUUAGAAGUGGCUGCACUGGGCCUAAAAACGCGAGCUGGAAAGUCGUACACAACUGUUCGUGGGCAAAGCAACAAAAGUGAUGAUGAGUAA